AUGAAGACAGAGAAGGACAGAAACGUGAACAUUCUGGCCUGGAAGAUUGGAGUGGUGCUGCCACAAGCUAAGGAACUGAUAGGUACUCGGAAAGCAUGUGGUUUGACACUGGCUAAGCUGGGUUGUGCAAGUAAUAGAGUCAUCGUGCUGGAUGGUGACACCAAAGCCUCCACAUUCUCUGACGUAUUCAAGAAGGAGCACCCUGAGCAGUUCACCGAGUGUUUUAGCGCCAAGCAAAACAUGGUGUGCGUGGUGCUGGGAUGCACCAUCUGUUGUCAGACCAUUGCUUUUGCUGGCACUUUUGCUGCCUUUUUGACCCAAGUAUUUGACCAGAUCCAGAUGGGAGGCAUCUCUCAAACCACCAUCAACCUUACUGGGUCCCACUGAGGGUUAUCUGUUGGUACACUGCCCCCCUCCCAGAUGGCCCUGCGGGAUCUGGCCAUGCUCCGAGCCAUUCCCAACUGCACUAUUUUCUAUCCAGGUGAUGCUGUCUCGACAGAGCAUGCUGUUCUCCUGGCAGCCAAUACCAAGGAGAUGUGCUACAUUCAGACCAGCCGGCCAGAGUGUGUGGUUAUUUAUACCCCACAAGAAAAGUUUGAGAUAGGAAAGGCCAAGGUAAGGCCUUCAGUUCUCCAGCUAACCACAGCACUUCUGUUUAGUGGGUGCAAUACUCUGUAUGAAGCUUUAGCAGCUGCUGAAGAUCUUUCCAAGCAAGAUAUUUCUGUCUGUGUCAUUGACCUGUUCACUGUUAAGCCCCUGGACGUUGCCACCAUCACAGCCAGUGCAAAAGCCACAGGCGGCCAAGUUACCACAGUGGAGGAUCACUACCCAGAAGGUAGCAUCCGGGAGGCCGUCUCUGCAGCUGUCUCCAUGGAGCCUGACAUCCUGGUCCAUCAGCUGGCAGUGCCAGGAGUGCCUCCGAGUGGGACACCAAGUGAGCUGAGGAAUAUGUUUGGAAUCCGUGCCAGGCACAUCAAAGACCUAUAGCUGUAGGCUUUGGUCUUAAAAGACGGGCCUGUUUAUAUUUCUGC